CAAUGGACAGGCUGAAGCGAGCCGUCACAUGCAGGUAGGGUACAAGUCGAAUAAUUUAUUACAGGGUGCGAGUUGGGACAGGUAAACUCAUAUGGGUACGUAACUAAAGAGGAAAUAUUAGAAAUAAUCGUCUUUUCAUCAACAAAAUCAAGAAAAAAAGUAUAACAUGAUAAAUGUUGUUAAAUUAUUUGAGAAAUUAAGACUUUUACCUAUUUACAACUUUAGCAUAGCUAAAAUAUGAAGUUGUAAAAGUAAAAUUACAAGUAAUUGGAGUAGUAUUACAUAUAAUUUAGGCAAAAAUAGGACGAUAAUAGGGAAUCAUGACAUGUCAGGUCGAGAUGAGUACUCAUACACAAUCAUGCACCCAGCUACGAGGCGUGUGUUACCCACUCAAAACAAAUCAAACAAAUCGAAUGAUUUGGGUGAGGUCGAAAUUAUCAUCUGCCCUAAUCAAAACAUUUGUCCUAUCUAACUUUGCAAAGCAAGAAAUUUCCACAAAAUACAUCCUAGAAUCUCAUAUCUCUCUAACACGUUCUCUCAAAUUAUUUUUUAAGCUUUAAUAUUAACAUAGAAAUGUCAAAAUUCAAAUCAGAAUCUCUCUCUAAUCAUAAAAGGUUGUUAAAACCUUGAAAACCUAACGUAAACCUAAAAAUCUUCUUAUUAAUGGUCAAAUCAAGUUCAUUCAAUUUGCUCUCGUUAUUGAUGACCACAAAUGAAGCCUAAUUCUUUAUUGUAGCUAGCUACAAAUAAUAUUUUCGUCCCCACCAUUUCUCAUUCCUCCAUUGAAAUUCUCGUAUUUCCAUCCACAUAAAAUUCAAGAAAAAGAGCCCAAAAUCCAUGAACAUGCAUAUAUGUAUCUACAUUCUAUUAAUGCCACAAAAACAACCCAUCUCUCCCUCUACUUCCACUAUCUCCUCCAACUUCCUCCCACCAUGGUUUCCAAGCCCCUACCUCAACGCCAGCUCCACUUCGUCCUAGUCCCUUUCAUGGCGCAAGGCCACUUGCUCCCCAUGACCGACAUCGCCAAGCUCUUAGCCCAACACGGCGUCGUUGUCACCAUCGUCACGACCCCGGUCAACGCCGGCCGAAUCCGCGGCACCGUUUCCCGCGCCGUGGAGUCCACCGGCGUCCAAAUAACCGUCGCCGAGCUCGAGCUCCCAUCCGACGACGGAGUGGGCCUGCUGCCGAAGCACUGCGAGACGCUGGACCAGCUCCCUUCUCUGGGCCAAGGGGCCGCCCUCAUGUACUCCGUGCAGGCUCUCGAGAAGCCCAUGGAGAAGCUCUUCGAGGAGCUCAGGCCCAGGCCCAACUGCGUGAUCUCCGACAUCUGCCUGCCCUUCACCAGCACCGUGGCCAGGAAAUUUGGCGUGCCGAGGAUUACUUUCAACGGGUUCUCGGCCUUCACCCUGCUCUGCCUCCGCAACAUACACCAAGGGGCCGACUUGCUGGAGAGCGAGAAGGGCGUGCUGGCGACCCUGAGUUCCGACUCGGAACGGUUCGUCGUGCCCGGGUUGCCCGACCGGGUCGAGGUGACGAUGAACCAGCUGCCCAUAGCCAUGACCGGCGGGUUGGACCGGCUCGGCGAGCGGGUGGUGGAAGCGGAAGGCUACUCGUACGGGAUGAUCGUCAACUCGUUUGACGAGCUGGAGCAAGAAUACUUCUCGAGGUACAAGGCUGCCAUGGGCGGCAAGGCCUGGUCCGUGGGCCCUGUCUCGUCGUGCAACAAGGACCGGUUGGACCGGUUUGAAAGGGGCAACCCUCGGUCGACGAUCAACGAAUCGGAAUGUUUGAAGUGGCUCGACUCUAAGGAAUGUGGUUCAGUCAUUUAUGUUUGUAUGGGCAGUUUGUGCAACAUCCCAACUCCACAACUGAUAGAGCUUGGGCUGGGCCUGGAAGCUUGGACCGGCCCGUUUGUGUGGGUGGUUAGGGAGGGAGAGACUUCCAAAGGUUUGUUGAAGUGGAUGGAAGAUUACUCUUUUGAGGAGAAGACCAAAGGUCGAGGACUUAUAGUUCGUGGAUGGGCACCGCAGAUGGUGAUCCUGUCACAUCCUGCUGUCGGCGGAUUCUUGACGCACUGCGGGUGGAACUCAACGUUGGAAGGAGUAUGUGUUGGCGUGCCAAUGGUGACAUGGCCGCUUUUUAGUGAUCAAUUUCUCAAUGAGAGGCUCGUUGUGGAUGUGUUGAAAAUCGGAGUGGCGGUCGGAGCGGAGGUCACGGUGAAAUGGGGAGAAGAAGAGAAGACGAGAGUGUUGAUUAAUAGAGAAGAUGUGAGGCAAGCUAUUGAGGAACUAAUGGGUGUAGGAGAUGAAAAGGAGAUGAGGAGGAAGAGAGCCAAAGAGCUUAGUGAAAAGUCCAAACUGGCCCUUGAAGAAGGAGGGUCCUCUUAUCUUAACAUCGAGCUCUUGAUUCAAGACAUCAUGCAACAUACGUCCAAGAAAUGUGAGGAGGCUAUGUUGAGUAGGAAAAUUAGUGAAAUAUUGGUUUCUUAACUAGUUACUUGUACCAUUUAAAAAAAAAAAAACUAGUUACUUGUUCCUUGUGAAAUUUCAUUAGCUAUGAGCUCUGGAAAUUUGCUAUUUGCUAGGCUGAAUUAGUUGAACCCGUCACGAUAUGACUUAGUGUAAGGAAAAAAGAAAUAUUUUCUUGUAUGCUCCCAUGUAUUAAAGGUAACAGUCUCGAUUAAAUCUCUCUAGUGGAUGUAUCUGAAUGUUCAAAGUGGCUCGACUCACAACAACCCGGUUCAGUUAUUUAUGUUUGUCUAGGAAGCAUAUGUAACAACCCGAUUCAACAACUAAUAGAGCUUGGGUUGGGAUUAGAAGGGUCGAACCGCCCAUUAAUGUGGGUUGUUCGAGAUGGGGAAACCUCAAAGAAUCUGUUAAAAUGGAUGGAAGAGAGUGACUUCGAGGAGAGGACUAGAGGUCGAGGGUUCCUCAUUUGCGGGUGGGCCCCGCAGAUCGUGAUCCCGUCCCACGUAGCAGUCAGGGGGUUUCUGACGCACUGUGGAUGGAACUCGACACUGACAGCAAUUUGUGCAGGAAUACCAAUGAUGACAUGACCCCUUUUCGGCGAUCAGUUCUGCAACGAGAGAUUGAUCGUGGAUGUGUUGAAGAUCGGAGUGAAGAGCGGAGUCGACACUAUGAUGAAAUGGGGUCAAGAAGAGAGGUUUGGAGUUACGGUGGACACUAUGAUGAAAUGGGGUCAAGAAGAGAGGUUUGGAGUUACGGUGGAGAAAGAAAAUGUCACCAAAGCUAUUGAGGAAUUGAUGGGUGAAGGAGAGGAAAUGGAAGAGAGAAGGAAUAGGGUUGAAAAGCUUAGUGAAAUAUCGAAAUUAGCCAUGAAAGAUGGAGGGUCUUCAUAUAUCAACAUCAAGCAGCUAAUACAAGACAUAUUUCAUCAACAUGAAAGCAAGCAUCCUUAAAUAAGAAAAUAUUACGCUACAUAUAAUGUAACAACUUAUGUGUGUGCUCUAUUUUAGUUUCCAUUAUUUGUUCGAGAAAAAACCAUGGUCCAUGAAACUGUACCAGAUAUCGUAUCGGAAAAGUUAGCGGUAGGAUAAUUGAUGAUAAAACUGUGGUUUAACAGUAGUUCAAUUGCUAGUACUGUUAAAUACCAUCUAUCGAUUUAACCUCCAAUACUAAUAUUUCGUGGUUGAAACAUAUUUACUAUUUCAUGUACCAUGGAAAAAACCAGAUUAGUUUGAAAAAAUUAAUGGCCAGCGAGGGACAAAAGUCCAGCAUUGAGCAUCGGACUCUGGGUCCAUGCCCACACGCGCAAGCCCAGGCUAUCCAAAAACUUGGGGGUCUGCUUGCAUGCACAAGUAAGCCCAUCAGAGCCCACAAGGGUUGUUUAGAAGUUAAAAUUUUCAAUGUAUUUAAUUAAUAUUGUAAUUUGAU